CCCAUUCAAAGCCUUCACCCACACACCAAACCUCUUCUCUUCUUUAUCGCAUUGUCCCUCUCCACAGAAAUGCCUUCAUUUCUCCUCCUCUUUCUCUUCACUUCCGCCCUAUCGCCGCCGUCCUCAGCGACCACCACUGCCGAGUCCUUUGUCUACGGCGGCUGUUCCCAAACCAAAUACACUUCCGGUUCAACCUAUGAGUCAAAUCUCAAUUCCAUCCUCACCUCUCUUAUAAAUUCUGCCUCCUUCACAUUAUACACUAACUCCACCGUCGCCGGCGCCGGCGACGGCGACACUGUGUACGGACUGUUCCAGUGCCGGGGCGACCUCCAAAACGCGGCCUGUGCCAAGUGCGUGGCCCACGCUGUCGCCCAGCUGGGCUCGAUCUGUCUAGACGCGUGUGGUGGCGCGUUGCAGUUGGAGGGGUGUUUCGUGAAGUACGACAAUGUUAGCUUUUUGGGAGUGGAGGACAAGACGGUCGUGGUGAAGAAGUGUGGGGCGGUGAUGGGGUAUGAUUCUGGUGGGUGGGCUAGAAGGGAUGCGGUGUUAGCGUAUUUAGCGGCGGCGGAUGGCAGCGGUGGUGGAUAUCAGCCGUUUAGAGUGGGUGGGUCCGGGGAUGUUCAAGGGGUGGCGCAAUGCGUUGGGGAUUUGGAUGCUGGAGAGUGCCAGGACUGUGUGGUGACGGCCGUGGGACGGCUGAAGGCGGAGUGUGCGGCGGCGGGGUGGGGGGAUGUGUUCUUGGGGAAGUGCUAUGCGAGGUUUUCUCAUGGCGGUAUCCGCCCCCACGGCGGCGGCGGCGGAAAUGACGGUAGAAACACGGACGUGGAGAUAGAAAAAACUCUGGCGGUAAUAAUAGGACUCAUUGCUGGGAUUGCGUUCAUCGUUGUGUUCCUCGCUUUCCUAAGCCAUUACUGUGAGAAACGAAAAGGUGGCAAAUGAUGUGGAUGAUUCAACGAUCAGAUUUCCCCUCUGUGUCUUUUAAAUUCUUGUGUGUGUGUGUUUAAAAGAAACCCAGAGAGAGUAAUAUAAAAAGAAGUGAUGUAUGUGCAUGGCAUAAAAGGAUUGUUCAUGAACAAAGGAGAGAAUGAUUAUUUAUUCGACAUGUCGGACCCACCUCACCACUUAAUCUUGUAAAGGGGAUUCAUAUAUAUGUAUUGAGAAUAUUUCUUUUUGAUUGAAUCCCCUUUUUCUAUUUUUUUUUUCCUUUAUGAAAAAGAAUAUAUGCUCCUUGGUGGGUUGUUGUUC